CUCUUUGCUGCUUCAAGAGUUACUUCUAGAAAAGGAAGCCAAAGAAUCACACACAAGGUGUUUCAAUGAGUUUGUAAACUUGAGAGAUCAGGAUAUAGACUUGCACGGCUUGUAUGAAAGUGUGUGAGUGUGUGCAUGUGUAUGAGUUGGACGUGUUUAUUUUCCAUCAUGAGCCUGAAAAUCAGGAAAUUCUCUCUGGACAGCUCUGUCUGUCUGGACGGAGUUGGAGGGGGAAGAAGAGGCAGCAGCAGGUGUAGCAGUAAGAAAUGUAGACAGAGUCUGGUCGAUGCCCGACUGGAGAUCCAGAAGCUAAAUCACAGCCUCAACUCCAACAUGUCCCUCAGGAAGCAGACCAUAUCAGAGGACAACCUUGAGCGAUCGGAAGGACUCAUCAACAAUCAUAGCUUCCUGAAGCACAACAAAUCCUUCCACAAGCUGUUUCCUGAGAUUUCUGAGGGGGAGAACCUGACACACUCAUUCACCUGUGCCUUGCAGAAGGAGGUGCUGUAUCAUGGAAAACUCUUUGUUUCUGAGACCCACGUGUGUUUCCACUCAUCCGUGCUGCUCAAAGACACCAAGGUGGUGAUUCCUGCGUCCAGCGUCAGGGAGGUGAAGAAACAUAACUCAGCUUUGUCCAUGUUGUCCAUUCAAACUGCUGAUGGAGAGAAGUGCUCAUUUGUGUCUCUGAGGCACCGUGAGAUGUGUUACAAACUCCUCCAAACUGUCUGUAAACAUGCACAGGGGAAGAGCAGCCCUCAUCUCUCCUCUGCAGAGAAUGAAGCUGAUCAUGAAAUGGCCUCCAGUUAUUCCAGUUUGGAGGACUGCGGAGAUCAUGAUCUGAGCAGACAGCACAGCAUUCCCCUCGAUAACAGCUUUCCUCAGAUGUCCAGUGAAGGUCCUACAAGAAGCAAUUCCACCCGUCACAGCAGCUUAACAGAUGAAGACGACAGAGCUCAAUCGUGGAUUUGGAGGAUAAUUGAGAAAGUCACACCAUUCUUCUUCCUCAGAGAAAUGAGGAAUCUCAGUGUUCUCUUCUACAUCUACAUGAUGCUGACGGUGUUGCUCAUGUUGGCGUCUGCGUACAUCGGGCUGAGGAUCAUAGCACUGGAGGAGCAGCUGAACUCUUUGGGAGCCCUGACUGAGUUGCCUUUACACCACGGAGAGUACCAAAAAACGUAGCCAGUGGUAGGGAACCGUGACAAAUCCUGCAAUGCACCACUCUAUUAAGAUCCUGCUGAACACUGAUCCCUGUCUAGACAGACUCCCAAAAGCAUCUUGGCAGUGAGACCUGGUGCAUUUGACAUACUGCACAUCUUUCAGUGAAAGGUUUUGUCCAAAGAAAUUUAUAAUAUUGUGCACAAACAAGUUCGCUCACAGUAGAAAUUAAACUCCUGUGUUGGGGGCCAUGUCUACAGAGGCAGGUCAGCAAUAAGAUGCUUUUGGGAUGUCUGAACCAGGCCACAUGUUGUGAACUACAUGGAUGACUGACUGUGUUGGCAGAGAAGCACCAUGACAAUAUUUGUUAGGAGUGUGCUCAUUCUCUGCUGACAGAUCAGAUCUCCUGCACUGAGCCAUAUGGAGGCAGCCUGCUGACGACGCCAUGUUUAUUUCCUGGCCGGUGAACAGCUGAGCUCAGCUAGCGGAGGUUGCUGGAGUCUUGGUCAUUUUGGAUCAACGCAACCUGCAACAGUGAGAACACACCGGAGUCAAUCUUGACAAGAAUGUGAAAGGACUUUGUUGUUGCUUAAUUCAAAAUCAUUUGUAUGUUAUGAAAUGAAGAAGUUAACUGCUGGAAUCUAGUGGCAUGUUAUUUUAAGAGUAAGACGGUUAAUGACAAUAAUCAGCCAGCAGAGGGCAGUCUCUCCCAUUAAACUUCACUGUUACAUGAGGCAGGACUAAACUUCUUCAAAGUGCAAAUGUUGUAAUACUUUUGCUAGUGACUGUUUGUCAAAUCAGUCCUGUUAACAGAUAUUGGAGAACUUGUGAUGUCCAGUGUCCAUACACAUUUUGGCCAACUGAUUUCCACAACCUAUUUUUAUGGCCAAACAUUGUGUGAGUUCUGUGUAUAUAUGAAAAGUACAUGUAAUAUGUGGUCUCAAAAAACCUGUGGUGAUGCGUAAGGGAUCGUAUGUCUGCUCUAAUAUUGUGUGAAUUUAAAAAAAUACACAGGUCACAUUUAAAUCUGAUAUUCAUCAAACCACAUUAAACUAUUUUUCAAAACUUUUCCAGGCCUGGAAAACGCAUUUUUAUAACUGUACGAACCCUGUGCAUUAUCAUCCAAAACCCAACGUCUCUGGUGUACGAGUCAUGUCAUCCAAAUGGUAAGCCUUUUCAAGUCGUGAUGUACAUAAAUUACAGUGAUGGUUUAAAAAAAAUAAAUAAAUACGGUUAGUUUCA